UGCAGACGAAACUUUGGUGGUCCAAUAUAAUUUUCGUUAUUUUAUCAUUUAGGAAAAUGAAAUUAUUUGCAUUUUGCUGCAUUUUGAGUUGCCUGUCGAUCGCUGUCGGGCAAAUAACCUGGCAUCAGUUGGGCACAAGCGAGUAUUAUAUCCACGAUGGCACAGCAGUUAAUCACUCAGCAGCAGUUAAUGCCUGUGCUUCCAUGAAUGCUACACUUGCUCGAGUAAAAACUACACAAGUUCAGCAAUUCCUUGUGCAAAACAAGAAAAAACGGACUAGCUAUUACAUCGGGCUGGAACGCAUCAAUCCAACCCAAACCGGAUUCCAGUGGAAUGAUGGAACGAGUGUGACGUCAGGUGAAACGCAAUGGAGUGGUACUGGUAGCAAUCCAGAUAAUUCUGGCGGCAGAGAAAAUUGUGUUCAAUUGUCAAAACAAUGGAAUGAUAUUUCCUGUGGAACUACAAUGAAAUAUAUUUGUGAGCGACAUGCAGACAUCAUCGCUAACGGCUCCUCCGUCAAAGUUGUCUCCUCAACCUAUAAUAGCUACACGAUGCUAGACGUUAUGUACAAGAUGUGUUUCGAUACCGCUCCAUACAAAGUAGAAGCAAGCGUUCGUAUGCUGCAUGAAAGUUUACCCUAUCGUUUCAACGUCAUACCAACCGUCGUUCAACCCCAUUUCUUCAGAAUAAAGUUGGAAAGAGUCGACAUAUACAGCGGUUGGAGCCCAUCUGAAAUCAAGAUCUCCUGGAAGGCUUACUUCAACACUACAGUUCAAAUUUAUUGAACUGUAACAACUUUACUGACAUCUUGGAUUUAUGUAUUUGGCCAACUUAUGGAAACACCCGUUUCUUAAAAAACCUUAAAUCUGUAAAUAUUGUACAGUCUGUUUGAACGAAAACGGAAGUAGCAUAUAUAAGGUAUAGGUGUUGAAAGCUUUGUUAUGGAUAAGGCUGCGUAAUCAAGUAUAAUGGGACAAAAGCUUCUUUAAAAUUCUGGCAUGUAAUCUUUUGAUACGCAGGCAACAACUUUUUUCAUUUCCUGUUGAACACUCGAUAAUUAUAUUACAUCACAGCAACUUACAAAUUUAAUUUGUUUUGGCCUUUCUUAGUUAUACUACUUAUACAAUUUCACUAUUAAACAUGUUUACCACCAUAACACCGAUUUGAUUUUUUGACAAGGAUGCGCUUAUACCUCAGUAAUACAAAAACUCCCGGCUUA